AUGUUAUUCUAUUCACCUGAACCAUUUUAGAUUCAAUUCUCCAUAUGAUCUGCUCAUACGAAUUCCUAUGAUCUUGAACCUGCUUUCCGGGUUCUGUAACUGCAAGGAAAUCUGUAAACAGCCGGAGUGGAAGAACUUUACAAAAGUGAUUUUUGUGAAUGAUUCAUAUCGAUAUGUAAGUAAUCAGUCAGAUGCUCAUAGUCAUAUACAGUCUCAUCAUUAUCAUUACUCACAAACAAUUAGUCUCAAUCAGCCUCAUCCAUUUGUGAUUGACAGUUUCAAGAUAUUUGACGUGGAUAAUUAUAUUGAACCGGAAUUCCCGUUGAAAUAUUACGGCAGUCAAGUCACUGAAUUUAAAAUUUGGUCUCGUGGUAAGUCCAUAAUUUUCUUUGAACCAAAAUUGUUAUUGAAUUUUCUCGGUCUCAAAUGAAUCUGAUGAAUCAAAGUUGAUUAAAUUUCUUCAGUGAAUCUCUUACAUGCUCUGUGUUACAUGUCGAACUUAUGCAACUUAUCAAUCAAAUUGUAUGUUUUCAUUAACAAAAAUAUAGGUGUUUUAUCUAUAUUUGAAAAUAACGAGCCCAUUGGACAAAUCACAAAUGUUUUACAAAGUUAUGUGUCAAGUUAUCUUUUGACUGAGAAUGAAUUAUUCGCUGCCAGAUGGUCUCUCAAAGGAGAAGAUAAUGGUUCACAGAAUACACCUAUAGUAACUAAUCUGAUAUAUGCAAAUGGGAAGAUAUCGAUCUAUUAUGAGAACAAUAUUUUGCAAACUCCAGAAAAUAAGAUGUUAGGAAUGCAAGGAAUCUUUCAAUGUGAAACAGGUAGGACGAAACAUGAGAUAUUUUUUCCUGCAGAAUGGAUCAGAAAUGGCACGUUAGUGGAAUAUGAAGUCAUCGGCAGUAUGUUAAACCUUAUUUAUCAUCACUUACUAUUUUUACACCUAAAUCCAUCCUUAUUAUUUCAACACGCUGGAAAUUUCAUUUGUACCUGCAGUCAGCUGCUGAAUGACAUCCAGGCAACCGUCUCGAAAUACGUUUAACUUACCAUUAGUAACUACACAUCGAUUCACUUUUAAAUAUCAAGAAUGAUAAGGUAUCCACUUUGAACGAUUAUUGAAAUCUUGUGGACAAACUCACAAAACGAUGUAUGAGUUGAUAGCAAUCUGGAAUAAGAUUAGGUGACGGUUAUUUGAUUGUGGAUUGACCAGGCAGCUUCUGUUUUUCCUUUUUGGCAUCAAAUUUUUCUGGGGCAUUGAAAUCACAAGAACAUUCCACAUCAUUACGGUUAACAUCAAAACGGUUGGCUACUUUCUGAAAUCUCUGCUUUGUCAUACAUAUCCAAUAAGAUGAAGAUGAAAUGUGACGUCACCAAACUUAUAUUCAUCAUAGACAGUCUCAGAAUUAUUGAUGUAUUUCGCAAUAUGAAAUUUGAAUAUGAAAACUCAGUAAAUUAAAACGGAUUUCAGUUCACCAUGUUUUAGGCUACGGAAAUAAGAUUUCCACCACUGUGAGAGUCACUCCAUUAUUCAAAGAUCAAAUCGCCUUCAUAUUCAUCGACUACAAUAUUAUCUUCAUCAUCGACAAAUUUUCUUUGAUCCAACUAGUCUGUUGCAUUAAUUGACAGAACAUCGACCAGAAUGCGACCACAUAAUUUGGUAUGUUUUCUCAUACUAGAACAACUAAAAUCGUUUCAGGGAAAAACGUCAAUGAUGAUUGGAAACACAAUGUCUACCUUCAAUUAAUAUUCGACUGAAUGGAACUGAAUUUGUAGUCUAAAAACAGAAAACUUUCUAGCACUGCUUUCGUGAAAAGAAACUCUGCGUUGUUGAAACAUGAUAUGCAGUAGGCUUUGUUGAACUCAGCGACAGCAUUUUGUGUACAUUUCUGAAUAUAAACAGUGAUUGAAAUCUGUCAAGUUUGGCAGUCGGAAUUCAUCGUUUAUACUUGACAUUCAAACUCGUUUCAUUCAAUCCAAACAUGGUGUUGUGAAACAUUAUUGAAAUUGAAUGUAUACUGAUUAUUGCAUUAUGCAUUGUAAUAACAACUCUCCAAUGAAUGAAAUGAUCACUUAACACUGAAGUCACUACCAUGUCAUUCAGUUAUAGUUGCAUGUAUUGUAGUUCAACUCAAUUCUGUUUAAAAAUUCGAAUGAUAAAAUCAACUUAUUACUUUUACAGCAAUUUGCCCAAUACACAAUUCAAGUGAAGCAUGCCAACAAGCAACAACAUCGAAGACGACAUGUAUUUGGUGUGAGAAAUGGAAUACGUGCAUUGACAGUAAUCAUCAGGAUCAUCAUUUCUUUAAAGUGAAUGAUUGCCAUUUUAAGGUAAGUGCUUAUUUAACUGAUUGUAAAAUCAGUGGUAGAUGUUCCGAAUGAUUGUAUACAUGUACAUUUUGUUACUGUUCGUUGAAUUGUAUUUUAUCAUCCUUGUUGACAGCAAUACGUAAUGAAUUAAUCAAAAAGCACUUCAUGUUCUGUAAUGAAUGCUACUGUUUUGUUUAUUCAAAAGAGCCCGGACGUUAGCGAUGUGAGUACAUCGACACUAAUCAAUCACAAAGGAAGAACAUUGGGGAUCACUGACGUUCAGGUUGGUGGAAACCUCAAUGAAACUACUGAAAUAACUCAAGAAAGUAGACAGAACAAAUCACUUUGGUACCUGUUUAUAAUAAUUCCCCUGAUCAUCUCGAUCGCUGCAUGUACUGGAUAUGUUAACUGGAAAUAUUUGCAUAAAAGAAGGAGAAGUAGUGAAUGAUUCUCAACAAAGUCACAUAACUAGAUUCAAAUAUUCUGAUCAACUUUCUUUUCUUUUUCGUAUUUCAAUAGACAGUUUUGAAGUUACUUAUUUAUUUUAAAGGUUUGAACUUUUCUUCACGGAACAAUUUAGAUUUUGUGCUUGUUUAUGUUAUAUCUGAUGUAUCCUUGGUAAUAAAAUGCCGAACACGGUUUUUGUUAUUUGCGUCAUUGUCUUUAUUCAUUAAAAAAUUGACUUGUUUUACAAGAGUUUGAAAACACUUUUUUCGUGAAUUAGUAGUUUGUUGUGAAUGUUCAUCGUCAUGACGUCUCUCUACUGAAAAAUAUCAUUUGCAAUUUACGACGGUCAUUAUUGUGAAUUGAUCUGUCGAAACAUUUCAUCAAUACAUAAUUAGUCACUUCCAUCCUUCGUUACUUCAUUAUUCAUUGUAAAUUUAAUGAUGAGUGACAAACUAUGGUUAAUUCAGUGUUAUCUAGACUGAUUGAGAUUGUAUACAAAUUUUUAUUGUUGACAGAAGCAAUAAACGGCCAUCAGUUUCACUCAAAGCUUGUUUCUCAAAAGGAGAUAAAAUGAAGUUGUCAUUCUCAGCUUAACAAAGGAUACCGAUACUGAAUUGAUAGUUGGAUGUGUUAAGUGCUUUUGAAGGAUGAGUAUCCAGCGUCGCACAAAGAAUCGCAGUUUUCGGAGCACACAUACUUCACGAUUGUCACUGAAGAUGUUCAGCUUCAUUGUUCUGAAUUGUGCUGUAGGGAACUGAAUGAGCACAAACACACUUGUUGUAUUUGGAAUUUGAAAUUA